UUCAGAUCUGUGCUGCUUCUCUUGAAGAACCCUACUUUCCUCUUCCUGUGUUUAGCGGGAGCCACUGAGGCCACGCUGAUCGCAGGCAUGUCCACCUUUGGACCAAAGUUCUUGGAGUCCCAGUUCAGUCUCAGUGCAUCUGAAGCUGCCACCUUGUUCGGAUACAUGGUGGUACCAGCAGGGGGCGGUGGUACUUUUACAGGCGGCUACAUCGUGAAGAGGCUGAACUUGCGUUGCAGAGGCAUCAUACGCUUCUGCAUGAUGUGUGCUCUGGUCAGUCUGCUCGCCAUCUUCAUCUUCCUCGUCCACUGCCCCAACGUGCCCAUGGCUGGGGUCACGGCCCCUUAUCAGUUGGGGCUGAUGGGGCAGGACCAACUGGACCACUACAAACAUCUGUAUGACAAACCCAAGAAACCGCGACUCAGAAACAGCUCUUCUCUGGACAUGAACCUCACAGUGAGUUGUAAUGCAGCUUGUAACUGUGCCAGAGAAGUGUACAACCCAGUGUGUGGGGCGGACGGGGUGAUGUAUUACUCACCGUGCCACGCCGGCUGCACCUCCAUCAACCACACACAACCGUCCACAGGCAGACAGGUGUACUCUGGGUGUGGCUGUGUGGUGGGGAACGUUUCGUGGGGUGAGGAGGGCUUCGCUCUGACAGGGAAGUGCAGCAGCACCUGCCACCACAUGCCAGUCUUCCUCUCCUUGCUCUUCGUCAUCAUCUGUUUCACCUUUCUCUGUAGCAUCCCAGCUCUCACUGCCACUCUCAGGUGUGUACCAGAUAGUCAGAGAUCGUUUGCUCUUGGCAUCCAGUGGAUAUUGGUGCGCACACUUGGGAGUAUUCCAGGGCCGAUUGCAUUUGGCUCAGUGAUUGAUAUUUCCUGCUUAUUGUGGCAAGACCAGUGCGGUGAUCAAGGCUCCUGCUACAUCUAUCACAACUCAGCCAUGAGUCAGUACACACUUGUUGCUGGAAUCAUCUUCAAGCUUUUGGGUACCAUCUUUUUCCUCAUAGCCAGCGUUCUCUACCAGCCACCUCCGGAGUCUCCUCAAACCAGCUGCGAGAGCACGGACCAGGGAACGGAGCACGCAAGCGACCUGCCAAUCAAAGACCUGCCAGAAGAUGGCGUCAUUAUCAACCUGCAUGCCAGGUUAUGACAUCUUAGACCCUCCAUUCCAAAUACAGAGUCUCUGUUUGUGUGAUAAAAAAAAAAAAUACCCAGGAUGCCUUCACGCACAAAUGCACAUACACCCAGACAGGGUGUGUAGCACUUCUAACAUGCUGCUCUUCUAGAAUGAAAUCGUGCUUUGACUGCAUGUGUUUCUGACAUGUAUGUUUGACUCAGCAAAAGCCUCACAACGUUAUUUCUCUUAACGUUUCAUCUCUAAAAAUAACUCAAAUCUGAUCAGCUAAAUAACUUCAAGUCCAGCUGCGAUGGUGUGUGUAUCAUUUUGACUAUGUCCAGCUUGACACCAUCUUUCAAAGAUCGAUUAGACUCUUCACAGAAACAUUUUGCGGUUUUGAAAGAAUUAAAAAAAAAAGGAAUCUCCUAUUUGUCUGUUGUUUUACAGUGACUGACUGGAAGAUACAAUCGGUCUUCUGAGAACAGAUAAAGCCAUGUUUAAGAUGCUGUAAGAAACCUCAAGGCCAGUGAAAAUGUAGCCAAAUAUUCUUCUUAUCACAAGAAGUAAAGCAGAGUCCUGAACGACCUUUACAUCAGAGGAAGUAUUGAGCCACUAUUAUGCUUUCAACAUUUUAAUGCAAAAUUCAUAUUCUUACCAUUUUCCUAGUUAGCUAACGCAAAAUGUCCCUUUUUGAAGGCUGCUAGACAGUUUAACAAACAAACAAAAAAAAAAUUAGUUCGUAGUGUCUGAUCUUGGAAAUGUCUCUAGAAACUGCGCACAUCUGGAUAUUGACAACUGAUUCCAGUCUUCCUGGCAGAUUCUGCCACACUCUGAUUGAGUUGGUCGGUAACAUAAGAUUCUGUUGAUGAUCUGUUAUGUUUAACUCUGAACUUUUAAUGGACUCUUACUACUCAGGAGCAUUCUUGGACAUGCCUUGUCUCCAGCUCUGUCUUGAGUGUGGAAUCUGUUGAGGCCUCGACACAAAGGAGAUGACAUCACUCCCUCUCCAUUCAUCUCCUAUGGCGCUUAGGGCACCAUUAACUUGCCUUUCUCCUGGCAAGUUAAUGGCAAAAUUUGCUCAUGGGAAUUUUUGAGCUUAUAUGUGUGAACCUGCACACAUGAGCUUGUGACAUGACACAAAAAAGAUAAUAAUGUUCAACUUUUCUUGCAGUCAUCGCUACUGUGUCCCAUGUGUUGGGUUUUGCCACGAGUGGCGGAAACUUUUGUCUUUCGCUGUUGUUUGUCACUCCUCGUGUGUUGAACCAUUACACUACAGUGUCUCUUGUCCCAGCGGUUUAUAUUCGUAGUCUGAGGUAAUUUAGCUUCAAGAAUCUUUACAAAUGAUUAUGACAAUUCUGCCCUCUGCUAUGAACUCUGUGUCCCAAAGGAACCCCAGAGCAAACGUCUGCCAUCACCUUGCUUCAUUCUUGGGAUGAUAACAUCAGGGGAUAUUUGUUGGUUAGGAUCCAUCAGAAGCAAUUGAUGUGUUGUUGAGGCAAAUCAAGGAUCUCAGCUUUCCAUGCUCUUAGGGUGCCUUCAGGGAGAACAGUAAAUUUCAAGGAUGUGAAAAUUCAACUAGAUUGUGGAUGGUCUCGUUAAGAGAGACCAUCCACAAUAUAUGAAAAGGUAUUAAAAACACAGUUUGCUCCCCGUUAUGCAUGAUGGAGUCUGAGUGUUUUCUAAAGGUAUUGGUCAUGCAUAAAACAUUUGAAUCAAGGGAGCCUGGGUAGUGGAGCAUAAAAACAGCUGUGGCAGCGCUGCCAUGUUGGUCUCAUUCAAACUCCAACCUCAUCACAAUGGUAGUGUUACCACAUUAUCUUGUAGCACUUAGCUUAAUGCUAACAGCACAGUUCUACAGAGUCUCUGCUGUUGUGAAGUGAUGCUGUUGGAGUGUGCUCUCCAAGAAGUAGUUCUUGGAGAGCACAGCCGGGUCUUCCUCCAGUGUGAAGGUUUCUGGAAAUCUCCCAACAGGCUGCCAUGUGCCUUUUAAUUCAGUGUGGCUUCAGUCAAACGUUUGUAUCAGUCAUUCUCUUAAAAGAAAUUCGAGUUGUGUAGUUGUGAGCGUUUUUCUUUGUCAGUCUUUGCACUUUCGCUUUUGGAAAUAUUGGAAGAGAUUUUAGUGGUUUUUCAAUGCGAUGACUUCCUUUUUUUGUCCAUGUCUGGCUUCGAGUUUCUUUGCUUAAGUUAAUCUGUGAAAUCUGCUCAAGAGGUCUGUCUCUCGAUAGCAAAUGUAUGUCGAUGUGCACGUCGAUUAUCACCACAGAUGAAUAGCACAAACGCAUUUUCACCUUGAGAAGCACAUGAAUACCUUUGAAAGCUACUGUACAGGAGAUGUUGGAUUCAAAGGUAAUGAUAUUUUGGCUUCUGCUGAUGCAGAAUUAUGACGCCUGUCAUUCAUCAAUGACAUAAAAGUGAACAUGACUGUUUGGACUGCAGAUGCUUUGAAAACAAUCGGGUUCGUAUGCGAUAUGGUUCCACAUAGGGAAGUGGCACAAGUAUAAUUUUUUGUGAGGUAAAAAUAUUUGAACUUUCCAGUUAAGACUGCCUUCAAAAAGUCGGAUGAAAGUCGCAUCUUUGCAAAACAAGCGGAUUCGAUCACAUCUGCCUGCUGUGUUAACAUAUCCUACGUUGCUCUAUUUACCAGUUGACAGUGCUCUUUAGUGCAAUCAUGUUUUAAAAAGAUUGUGCAAUGGUGUGUUGAGAAAUACCAACAGCAAAAAGAUGGAUUUAAACAAGAAAUUCAACAAAAUACUAAUCAAACUUCACCAGAAAUUCCCAAACAUCAAAUUGAUAUUUUGUAACAAUAGCUUAUCGUGAUAAGGUAAUAAAUGUUAGAAUAUAUGUGAUUUAACAAUGAACAGCAUGUCUCAAAACAUGUAUGAAUAGCCUUGCCAAGGCUGGAUGGAAAUACCUAAAUAUGCCUACGGUUUAUUCUUCAGGCUACAAAUAUUUGGAAUCGCCUGCAGCCUGACUAUCUUUGCAUAAUUCUAUGAAUUUAAGCGCUCUGUAUGUGUUUAUGUUAGAUAUGGGACGUUAAUACCACACCUCUGGAUGAAAGGUGGUAACUUUCUGUGAUUAAGUUUAUUUGACAAUGUCCCACUAGAUGGCACUCUUUACCCUAUAGUGGUUCUUUGAUGGAUCUGAAUACAGUGGCAGAUGAAUGUCUGGGCUGAAGAGAAUGAACCCAAAAUCUAACAGGCAUAUUAACAUGCUGGUCGAUGUUAUUUAAAAUAAAAUGAAAACAUGCAUAUAUUUUUUAAAAACUGUCAUCUACAGCUGAUUCCUUUCAGUAAACUGCAUUUAUUUAGAUAUAGGAACUAAAAGGUUAUGGGAAAAAUUUACAUAUUUUUUAAUCUAUAGCCUUAUCUUUUUGGUUCUGUAGCAAGAUGAAGAUUUUUCUAGGCAACAAAUUAAAUAAAACUAAAAUAUUUUCUGAACCCAAAUGAGUAAAAAUUCAGAUUCCUGUGACUUUCUAAAUAAAUGUGUUUAGCCAAACAUAAGACAAUGUCUGAUAAUAGAACAUCUUCACAAUAAUUCAGCUUGAACAUUCAGCAUGUUAAAGUUGCAAGCGAUUUUUUAAAAGUUAUCUGUAGCAAACUGCAAACAUUUGCAUUCAUGUACCUGAACCCAAAUGGAAUGAUGUGACUUUGCUUCAGUGUUUGGCUGUCUAGUUAUUUGAUAUGACACAGCCUCACUCAUUUAAAAACUCAAAAAGAUCACUCUUCAUCAAUAGGUUAAGUGAAACCAAAGUCGAUCAAAUAUAAUACCCAAAAGUAGGCAGGUAGACACAUGAAAAUCCAGUUUGAGUAAUCCCAAGGUAUCCAUCUUUUAGUUCAUAAAGGAAAUUGUUUUGCAUGGUGACUGAAUGAUGUGUUAGACCUGAAAAAGAUUAUUCACAUUGGUAACAUACCGUAAAUUCCACAGUGCAUUUUACAUUUGGACCUAAUUAUUUCAGUACUGUAACUCUCCGAUCGUGCCAAAGCAGCUUUGCAAAUUAACUGUUGUACUUUAUUUUGUAUCAACAUAUUUAUGCAAAUAAUUUAUUCAUGAUAUCUUGCACUUAAAUUUUUAAUCAGCGGUGUAAUUUUAAAAGUACUGAACGUCUUUGCUGUCAUUCUCCUGUUUGUGAUGUCAGAUCCAACCCACUGUGCUGAUCUGUAUCGUUAUGAUGUUCGAUCCUCAUGUUAUGAGUGACCUUCACACAUUUCAACUGAUGGCAAACAAUUAUUUUCACCUACAUCUGUAAAUCAUUUUAUCUGUGCUUUUCUCUGUCUCCUAGCUCAGAAUAACAAAUGUAUAAAACCCUUUUGUUAAACUGCAUAUUAAUUUGGUUUUGUGGAGUAUGUUAUUAAUGGAAGCUGUGAAUUUAAUUUUUUUUAUUGAAUGACUCAAAAAUGUGAACUGUUUUUAUAAUUACAAAAUUUGAACAGCA